GUUAGGAUGGUUGUUCAGCUGGCUUCCUGCGUGGUGCCCCACAUCACUACUGCACCUUAAAGAAGCUGAGGACAAAAUGCUAAAAUGUAUUACAAGCACAUACAAUAAACGGUAUGUGUAUCUAGCUAAUGGAAACAAAAUAUGGACACUGACGUUCUCUCCAGACCUUUCACGUAAAACUCCACUUGUUCUGCUCCAUGGAUUUGGAGGAGGUGUUGGAAUGUGGGCUCUCAAUUUUGAAGAACUCUGUGAAAACAGGACCGUUCAUGCUUUCGACCUCUUGGGAUUUGGACGAAGCAGUAGACCACACUUUGAUACUGAUGCUCGGGAAGCAGAAAAUCAGUUUGUGGAAUCCAUAGAAGAGUGGAGAAAGGAGAUGGGGUUAGAAAAAAUGAUUUUGCUUGGACAUAACCUGGGUGGAUUCCUGGCUGCUGCUUACUCAUUAAAAUACCCAUCAAGGGUCAAACAUCUUAUCUUAGUGGAGCCAUGGGGUUUUCCAGAGAGGCCUGACAAUGCUGAACACGAAAGACCAAUUCCAAUCUGGAUCAAAGCACUAGGAGCUAUACUGAGUCCGUUUAAUCCGUUAGCUGGGCUGAGGAUAGCAGGACCCUUUGGUCUAAGCCUUGUUCAGCGUUUAAGACCAGAUUUCAAACGAAAAUAUGCAUCGAUGUUUGAUGAUAACACUGUGACUGAAUAUAUCUACCACUGCAAUGUGCAGUCACCCAGUGGUGAAACAGCUUUCAAGAACAUGACUAUUCCUUAUGGAUGGGCAAAAAGGCCAAUGCUGCAACGGAUUCCACAAAUGGAUCAAGACAUUCCUAUCACCGUGGUUUAUGGAGCACGUUCAUGCAUAGAUGGCAAUUCUGGCAGCACUAUCCAGUCUCUGAGACCAAAGUCAUAUGUGAAGACAAUAGCUAUCCUUGGUGCAGGUCAUUACGUGUAUGCUGAUCAGCCUGAAGACUUCAACCAGAAAGUGAAAGACAUCUGUGAUUCUGUGGACUGA